AAAAACCAUUUCUCUUUUCGGGUCAGAAGACUUUAUUCCAGUAGCUUAUUUUUGUGUGAAUUUUUUUUCUUAAUAUCUACUCUGACCACCGCCCACUGAUGAUGUUUAGAAUUCAAAUGAUUCAUCUGUUCGAAUUUUCUUUAAUCUUGUUAUUUGUUUGAAAUUGAAUAGUCCACAGCCAACAAAGGGAGCUAACCCUAUGAAUAUUUCCUCUUGUUCUCCCAUUUCCCUACAAAUUAAUCCUUAAUUCCUACUCUUCUUCUUCUUCUUCUUCUUCAUUUUCUGCCUUCUAAGUUCAUUCCGAUCAUCAUCAUGGCUCCCAUCACUUACGAUAUGGAGGUCACUUCCUCAAUCCUGCCAGCCAAGAUGUUCAAGGCCUUUGUCCUUGACCGCGACACCCUCAUCCCCAAGGUCCUCCCACAGGCCAUCAAGAGUGUGGACACCCUCCAAGGAGAUGGCGGAGCUGGAACCAUCAAGCUCACCACUUUCAGCGAAGGUAGCAAACACAAGUGUGUGAAACACAAGGUUGAUGCCGUCGACAAAGAGAACUUCACAUACAGUUACAGCAUCAUCGAAGGUGAUGCUUUGGACUGUUUCGAGUCAAUCUCUUACCACAUCAAGAUUGUACCCUCUCCCGAUGGAGGAUCCAUCUGCCAGAACAGGAGCAUCUACUGCCCCAAAGGUGAUAACAAAGUCACAGAAGAGGAAAUCAAGUCUGGCAAAGAUAAGGCUUCAAGCAUCUUCAAGGCUGUCGAGGCCUAUUUCUUGGCAAAUCCUGAUUGCUAAACUACUAAUUAAUGCUUAGUUCUCGGAUUCCAACUUGAGAACUUGAGAUAUGUAUUACAAUGGGUGUGCCUUUACUCCUUUUUUUUUUUUCUUGAGAGGAAGUGCCUUUAGCUAAAGGCGUGGUUUUCGGUUGCUGUUGUUUGCCACUUUCAGUCAAUAAGAAAGACUGUGUAAAGUUGUCUUUCAUCCGGAGUUGUAAUUCAGAAAGUUAUC